AUGUUACUCUUUUCUAGGUUUUCUGAAAAAAAAGAAAGAUUAAAGCACCUUAGAAAGAAACAGCAUGAAUUCCAGUCUCAGUUGUUAAAAGCUAUAGAGGGGAAGCAGAUAGCAGAUCAACUGAGAUGGAAAAUAAUGUCUUGCAAGAUGAGAAUUGAGCAGCUGAAGCAAACGAUAUGUAAAGAAAAUGAAGAAAUAGCAAAAAAUUCCGAGUGGCUUCUUAGGAUUAAAGAUGAGAACCAGAAACUUUACCGAAGGGCUCAGCGCCAUCAGGACAAAAAGGAGAAAAUCCAGAGGCACAAUCGCCGACUUGGAGAGCUAGUGGAGAAGAAGAACCAUGACUUGAGAAGCCAUCAUGAGCAUCUGGCAGAUCUCCGGCGGUCACAUGUCCUGGAAUUAACCUCUGUUAUAUUCCCUAUUGAGGAAGUGAAAAUCGGUAUGAGGGACUCCACAGAUGUAUCUUCAGAGAGUGACAAUGCCAUGACCUCUAGCACAGUAAGCAAGCUUGCAGAAGCCAGGAGGACCACUUACCUUUCUGGGCGAUGGGUGUGUGAUGACCAUAAUGGAGACACCAGCAUUGGCAUCACAGGGCCUUGGAUAACCCUUCCCAACAAUGGGGAUUAUUCUGCUUACUACAAUUGGGUAGAAGAGAAGAAAACCACACAAGGACCAGACAUGGAGCAUAACAAUCCUGCUUAUACCAUCAGUGCUGCUUUGUGCUAUGCAACUCAGCUGACUAACAUUUUGUCACUUAUACUGGAUGUAAACCUUCCCAAAAAGCUAUAUAACAGUGAGUUCUGCGGAGAAAAUCUUAGCAGGAGGAAAUUCACCUGGGCAGUGAAAAAGCUAAAUGCCAAUAUCCUUUACCUUUGCUUUUCUCAGCAUGUCAACUUAGAUCUUCUGCACCCUCUACAUACACUCAGAAACUUGAUGUACUUGGUCAGUCCUGAGACAGAACAUUUGGGAAGGUCUGGACCAUUUGAGAUCAGUGCUGAUUUGGAAGAUUCCAUGGAGUUUGUGGACCCCAGCGGUGCUGGUGAAACAGAUGAGAGUGGAGAUGAGCACAUAAGUGAUGAAGAAACUGACCUUGGAACAGACUGGGAGAACCUGCCCAGCCCACGGUUCUGCGAUAUCCCCUCCCAGACAGUAGAGAUGCUGCAGAGCCAGAGUACGCAGGCUUCUCAACCGAUAGCCAGCAGCAGUGCUGGUGGCAUGAUCUCCUCAGCAGCCGCCUCAGUUACCUCUUGGUUUAAGGCAUACACUGGACACCGCUAAGAAAUAGUUGGGCCUCUAUGGCCCACCAUCACUGUAGAAGACUUUGUGAUUCAGUUCAGUAGUGCCUGGAACAACAGGGGUCUGACUUUCAUUUGCAGAAACUCCAGCAACUCUUUGUUUGCUCAAAGCAAGGUGUAAGUUCUUCCCAUUUUCUGACACCUGCAAUGGAAUUCAGCAGCUCUGAGUCACAGUUUGUGUGUGUGUGUGUGUGUGUGUACGUGCGCGCUGAAGAGAAAAGAAUUACCUGCACAUUUUAUUUCUAGUCUGUAUUUUCUAAAAGAAAAUAAGAAAGGCAAUCAUUUGAAGCAUGGGGACAGGAAGGGAAUCAUGGAAGGAAGCAAUCUUGAGAGUCAUGCAAAUGCUUAAACUCAUCCUGGUCAAUCAGUUCUAGCAAUGUCCUUGGACUUCUUGGUUUUUUGGAGUGCAUCAUUUACAAACUUACCACACAAAUGUACAUUUCAGGAACCUGGAAAAUGAUGCUUUUUUAAUCUUCUAAACUCUGUUGCCAUAAUUUUAAUACAGAAAACCAUCCUUU